AUGAUAAGAACAACAUUCAAGACCCUGUGCCUUCUCCUUAACAACAUCCUGCUACUGCUGGCAAGCUGCGUUCUGGGGGCCCUGAUGUCCUCCGUGAGGGACUCCAGGAGCAUAUACAAGAAUGCGAAUAAACAGGUGACCUACAUGCUACUUCUUGCAAAUGCAGGCCUUGCCAUCUUCACCCUCGUGAUAGUCCAGAAUCUCAACGACGUGUUUCUUCAUCGGGUUCGGUCGCCGAGAGGCGUUGAGAUGAAAAUGAAGAUCCUGUGGAUAAUACUCUCGAUAGUAACGUUCUUCUACGGAGCCUUUCAUCUGCCGCUGGUUGCAUCGGACAUGAACAGACUCAUCGAGAUGGAUAUCAUGGCUCUGAUGACCGUCGUGGUCUUCGUCCUACAGAUCGCCAUGCUCUUUGUCGUAUACUCGAUGCACCCAGACCUGUUCGGAAUCAAGCACAGCCAAGAGAUCCAGAGAUACAUAGAAAGGGUUAAGGCCGAGCGCCGCGAGAAUGAAGGGGUUGAUGGCCAGCCCCUGGGCAGCGCCUUAUAA